CUUGCCACCUCCAUAUGUAUGGAUAGUGGACACUCACAGACGUGAAUGGGUUGCGUUUCGUUUCUAUCCGACGCCUGGUGGUGGACGAGCCAACGAACUUGCCUUGGCCCUAGAGCUACACAUGGAGGUAGACAUGGAGACGUCGGGAGUGGAGCACAACGCGUCAUUGAGGUUGAAGCUGGAGGAGUUGUCCAGCGUGGUGGAUCGUCUCCAGGCACGUGAGCCGCCUCAGCAUCUACGCCCUGGAGCCGAAGAGAUGGGCAUCUACGAAAGCUGCGUGAGCGGGUUGCCCGAGCUGAAGCCGAAGAGCAACCAGGAGUAUGGCCAGGCGUGCCCGCCCUACGAAGCUUUGCCAAAUGCGCUGGCACGCGUUCAGUUCCAAGAUCCGACACCUCCAUGGAUCCUGGCAGAAGUGGACUGGCGGGUGCAGCACACGGAGAUGUUGAAUCAGAAGAUCGAGGCCCUGGAACGGGAGAAGGCCAUGUGGGAGGCCAAGCUACGCCAGCUUCGUGGGCAGACUGCAGGAACCUCCACUCGGAACAAGAUCACACAGCUCCAUCAGCCAUGGACCUGGCCUCCGGGCGACGCCCCCGAGGCCGAAGCCUCGGCGGAGAUCUCCCGCCAUGCAUGGAGCCGAGCACCAGGGGCUCCGCAGGGAUCGGCACGGGAGAUCUUUGAGAAGAUCAGCCACCCGCAACCCCUGCAGUCCAUCGCACCCCCUCGCAGCGAACGGCAGCGGCUGCACGACGAGGCCGCGCAGCGGGAGGUGGAGCUCCAGCGGGCGCGUGCGCGCGAGGCUGAGGAGCGCGUGGAAGAGGAGCAAACGCGGCAGCUGGCGAACCGCGAGGACCUGCGUGCAGCACUGCAGCAGGAGCUCCAAGCCUUGAGGCGCCUGGAGGCCAAGCGCCUGCAGCAACGGGAGGAGGUCCGUGCCAAGCUGCAAGAGGAGCUUCACAGGCAACUGCAAGAAGAGCGAAGGUCCUGGGAAGCUGAGCAAGAACAGCAACAGCUUCAGCGGCAACAGGCUCGGCUGCGGCAGCAAGAGGUCCACCGUGAGAUGCAAGAGCUCGAGGUCGUGAGACUCCUCGAGAAGUUGAUGCUUCGGAGGGCCGUGAAGAGGGAGGCGCCCAGGUUUCAGGAGGAGACACUCCAAGAGCUUUGGGAGAUUCACUUGGCCCGUGAGGAACCUGCCGGCUUGUCGAGUGUGCCCAUGGAGAUUACGGAGGAGGUAAGUCAGCAGCUCACAAUGAACGAUUGGCUGCUUUUCUAUGGGGACUUGUUGAAUGGCAACACUCGAGACAAGCUUGCUGAUGUGGACGCACUGGAACAGGCGUUCAUGAUUUCAGUGGGCGCUUCUUCUUUGGACUCACAAAUGCUGUAUCAAUGCGCAUGCAGUGAAACCAUCCCGGACAUUAUGAAGAAGAUGCUCAAUCAUUGGGUUCGUUCAGCCGUGCUCUCGCAUCAGACCAUGCCCUUCACCGCGCCCGGUGUAGCAACGACGACCAGUCCGGCCAGUCGGUCAAGCUUAGAAGCUCCGAAAGUGGAAGCUGUGAGAAACGAGACCAGAGGGAGCAAGCAAUCCGAAGGGAAAGAUGGGAAAGAAGAGAAUACGGGGGAAACGGCGAGGAGGAGCGAGACCAUGAUGGCUUUCGAGGAAUCCAAGAAAGAGAAAGAUCAGAAAGCACUGGAACCAGAGAGGCGGAGCGAAACCACACUGUUUGGUGAAAAAUCCAAAGAAGAGAAAGAGCAGAAAGUCGGGGAAGUGAUGAGGAGAAGCAAGACCAGAGUGGAUUGCAUGGACUCCAAAUUGAAAGGUGGGCAAUCAGGAGAAUUCGCACAAAGGAGCGAGAUCACAGUGUCUCGCAAAGAAUCCAAGGAAGAGCCAAAAGCAGAUGGCAUGGCGAGGAGGACCACGAUGGAGGAGAAAGAGCAGACUUUGCCCACAGGGCACCGAACCGAGACAGAGGCUAUAGAUCCAAAUGUAAAAGCCGCAGAAGCCCCUAGUGGAACAGAAGCACCUGACGGUGAGUUGCCAGAGGAGGCCCAUGAGGAAGAUGAGCUUUUUACCAAAGACCAGUGGGUUGCAUGGUUCAAAAGCGCAGACUUGGACAAGGAGGAGGAAGCCUUGUUGACCUCCGCCCUGCUUUCCGUGGAGUCCGAACAGCAGCUGAGCCCGGAAGAGAUGGCGCAGGCAUUGAAAGCCUUUGCGGCUGGCUCAGAGGAGGAGCAGGACCAGCUUCAUGAGUGGGCUCAAUGGGCUUUGGACAUCAAUGAUGACUGAGAAGGAUUGGAGCAUGGUCCAAACUCAGACCGCAAAGGCAAUCGAGCAAGGUCAACAACACUGUAUGACGAUGUUGUGAAAGACACCCACCAAGCAAAAUUACAAUAAUAUAUAUAUAUAUAAAUGCUAUUAGUGAUACGUCGGAUGGACAACCUUUUGAGUGUACAACACACAGUGCGUCGCUUCAAGUUCUGCCAAGUGUGAG